CCCCCUGAGUGACGUCAACAGAAAGCGACUGUGCUCGGUUUGUGUAUCGGCUGCUGAGCUAACAGCUGCAGCAAUCGUGUUUUGGUUUGUUUUGCCUCCCAUGUGCCGUUAUCAUGAGGUAAGAAACACAACAAGCCGUCGGCUUUCUCUUCAUUUCCGCCCAGUUGCCGCUGGCGAUUCAGAUGAAGCUGCUACCUCACCACAGGCUGUGGUCAGCCGCUAGCUAACAGCUAGCUCCAUUGCAAGAUCAGCACCUAAUGUAUGCGGAAUGCGCAAUCAUUGCGGAUGUGGUGCAGAAAAAAAUGCGCAUCGAUGCGACAGAAUACAGAAGUCGGCAGAAGUCACUGACAAAUACGAACGUGGCUGUUUUAAAAUGCUGUCGUAAGCAGUGUUAUGUUUUGUUGUUGCAUUUCAGCUCGGGGGGCGAUUCUCUGCCUCGAUGAUGCUUCUCACUGUAAAACAGCUGGACGUUCAGAUGUAGCUCUCAGCCUGCUCCAGGUGUUUCCACACAGUGCACAGAUGUUCUCAGAACAUAUACACGUACAUGGAAAUGACAGAAAUGGCUUUAAGCGGCUGCAGCUAGCUAGAAAAGUCUCUGGACUUCAUGCUCCAGUCAUAUACAACAUGAUUGUCUCUCACUGAGCUGCAGCAGUGACUUUAUUAUUUUGAAGACUAGUGCUUAAAAAACCCCCCAUCAUUUACAGAUAUUUUAAUUUUUACUCUGUGUUUCCUAAGAAAUCACCCCAUAGUGUGUGUGGCAGCUAAUAAUUAUUCGAUGCAGUACACCGAAGAGUUGUAAUGUCUUUAGCAGCAGGUUCAGAUAUACCUUAAACUCAUGUUAAUGGGGAAGCGGCUGUCAGGAUCAGAAUUGGCCCACCAGUCAGUUCUGCUGUAAAUCAGGUCUGACCCAUGACUGAGUACUACGAGGAGGGGGGGCUGCUGUACGAGCAAUCACCUCCCAUGCACAUCAAAGUGGAGUCUCCGGAGGGACCCUUUGGAGGGGGAGCCUCAGAAAACGGCUUCCCCAGGGAGGAUGAGGACUCGGAGGGCAGCUGUGACCAGAACAGUGGAUUACCUGGGGGGCUCCCCUUCAACGUGGUAGUGGUGCAUCCGAACAUCAUGGCACCUGGCAUGUCCUCGGAUGACCUCUUGUCCAUUGAACAAAACAGAGCUAUGUCGGCUGCACUGGCUGCUGGUGGUGCCGGAAAAAGAAAGAGUCGUUUCAGUGGAGCAGAGCUGGAGGUGUUGGUGUCAGAAGUUACUCGGUGCGAGGGAGAGCUCUUUGGUCCUGCGGGGAGGCUCCGGCGGCGGGAGAGAGAGCGCAUCUGGGCAGGAAUCCUAGAGAGAGUCAAUGCUGUGUCCAGAGUCCCACGUACCCUUCGUGAGGUGAAGAAGCGCUGGGACGACUUGAAGAGGCGCAAUGGUGGUAGGCUGGCGGAUGCCCGCCACCGCAGCUGUUACCUGCCAUCCAGCAGAGGGGCCUCAAUGCUUGGACGGCCUUCCCAGCCAAGCCCCAGGCUUCAACAAGCCAGGCAAAAGCAAAACACCCGACCAAAGCCUAGUUUUCCAUGUUUCCCUGACUCUGAUACAGGUGUAGGCGUGGAAGGAUCAGAGAGAGAUGGGUUGGAGAAAGACGAGGACAAUCCUGAGCGUGAGAGAGACAUGGGAGAACCUGAGUGUGAACCAGUAGAGAACAGCAUGGAGGACAAAUUGGGAUUAGGACUGGGUCUGGGCAUUGGACCACCCCCUCCAUCAGAACGAUGGCUGCCUCCUUCCCCACUCUACAGUGCUCCAUUCCUCAAUGGCAGCCCUCAGCCAAGCAGUCCUCAGCCAUCACUUGGAGCACAGCAGGGUCCUCUUGAAGCCCCUCCGCGCAGCUCCUGGCUUGAAGAUGAGCUGCGAGGUUUAGGAGAAGCAGCAAUUCAACUGGGAAAUCGGGUAGAAAAGAGUCUGCGGGAGUUUGGGGAAGGUUUCAGACAGGACAUGAGAACACUUGUUGCUUCGCAAGAGGCAUUAGCAGUCAGUCUACAACAAAACAAUGUCCUUUUACAAAGGCUGUUAGGAGUGCUUGAGGCCCAGCAACAACCACAGCCGCAGCAACAUCGUGUACAACAAGCACACCAAUCACAGCCAUCUCAGCAGCACUUACAGCCACAGCCAGCUCUGCAGCAGCUGCAACAUAUAGAACCACAACAGCAACAGCAGCAGCAGCAGCAGCAACAAAAACAGCGGAUUGAAACACCACAGCAGUCACAGCUACAGCAUCAGCAUCAGCAGCAGUCACAUGUUGUACAACAACAGUCACAACAGCACCAAACACAAAUACAGCAGCAGCUGCAAGUCACCCAGCAUCCUAAUAAUCAGUCAGCUGUAUCGGUGGUACCUGCACCAUCGCCCCCUGACAUACAUGGCACUUUUCCCUCUGAUCCACCCACAGACACAAAUGGAAGUGUGCAGAGACCACGGCGAGGAAGAGCUGUUGAUCACAGGCGCAGAAGACGGCGCUGAGGAGAAAAUACCUAAAAACAUGCACAUCAUGCAUAUUUGGAGUUUCAAAAUGUGACAAGAAAUUAUGCUCUUUUUCUAUUGACAGUAUUUCUGUAAAAAUAAGCUGAGUUGUUUGGAGUUUUACUUCCAACUCCAAACCAGUGAUCCAUCUCGCGCUUAGGUUUGUCUUCGAAGAGGACUGAAAUAGAUCUGAAAAUUAGACACAUGAAAUAAUGGGGUGGCCUUAACAUUAGCGUGGUUCUUCAGACAUAUGUAUUGUGCUAAAAGACUUUGUGAGAAACAGUUUGCUCUGUGAAGUGACAACUUCACUCAUGCGACUUUCAAUACCCAGACAACAACAUACUGUAGGUGCUGAUGUUUAAUAUGCAUGUCACUGUACAUGCUUUGCAGCAGAGAUGCUCUUACUAGUUCAGUACUGUCUCAAUUCUCCCGAUACACUAACUACAUUGUCAUAAAGUACUUGUCAUCUGCGGUUGUUACCAUAUAUUGUAGUUAUACAGCUGUUGUAAUUACCUGCUAAUGUAUGCUUGUGCUUUUCUAACAGUUUCAUGGUACAUACUUUUCCAAAUUUGGUUGGACAAUAAAGUUAGACUGUGUUCUGUUCAGUGCGUUUUGAGACAAAAAUGUUACAUUUUUAAAAACUGCCUGUUUUGGUGAAAUGAAAAACAGAAAAAAAAAACAUCAGACAUAAACCUCACAGUAGGCUUCAGGCUUUAAAUCAUAUGUUUCUGGUGGAAUUUUAAAGCAUACAUAAGUAUGUAGGGGCUAUUUAUUAUAAUCUUGCAUGCAGUAUGAUGGAUGUGUUUGUAGAUAGUUGCUAAGAAACAGCAUAUGGCCAUCAUCCACGUAGUUUUGCACAAGCUAUAUUUUGUAGAUAGCUACUGUUCCGAUGAAAUGUAACUAAACUUUAAUAAAAGUCAG